UCAUUUUGCAGUGUAGAAGCCAUGUCAACAUUGCUAACAAAACUUUUUUGUUUCCAAACGAGUGCAUUGAUUUUGAUGGAAUAUGAUGAUGGGCAGAAACAAAGAUUGAUGAGAUUAGGGCAGUUUUCAGUAAACCUUGCUAUGCACAUAAAUUGUCCCAUUUUGGCCACAUUUUGUUCCAUUGAUGAAUUUCAGUGGCCACUCACUAAGGAUUCUGUUGUUAUUCGAAUUGCUAAGCGUACCUUUGCCUUUGCCCUACCUGGUCUUUUAUACGGCCUUCAAUUCCCUAUCACUUCUCCAUCACAACUCAUUCAUACCCUUGCCAAGGUCUUUAUGAAAUAUGGUCAUUACAAGGAUAUUAAUGACAAAGGGCAAGGGUACCAAGUAGAGGACAAUGAACCAAAUAUGUGGAACAAGUUGCGUGCACAAGUUGAACCUAUGGCACAUGAAACCCUUAAGCGACUAGGCCAAUUUCCAAGGGUCACAAAUAUUUGCUUAUUACAAAACCAAAAUUCAUGCUACUCAAAAGCUCAUCGCAUGUCUAGAUGUACCAACAUGAUCAUAAAUAGCAUGAGAAAUGGAACAUUGACAAAUAAUUUUGUCAAAUUUAUUGUUGACAAUAAUGCUCGUGAAGGCAAUGCAUAUGCUUCUAUUCAUGCGUUUAUUAGUGUUGUUGAAUAUGGUAUUGAACUUUCUUGGGGGGUGAGUGAUGAAGAUAGUAUUGGUGUUUGUUCUCAAGAUAUUGGAGUCAAACUUUGGUGUUUGAAUGAAGAUGGAAUUUUUGCUUUUAUCCUUAGCUUGGAUUGCGGAGAGAAGUUUGAUAAAGGCGAAGGGGAAAUUGGGAUGUCAUUAAUCAAUUUAUAA